AAGAAGAGGAUGGGGAGAAAGGGGUGGUGGAGGGGGGAGAGGAGAUGGUACUGACUGGGGUAGGGGUGGAGAUGGUGACAUCAUCGGUCCUGGCUGCACCGCAUCUCCAGGAGCACCCGUUCCAGUGCAUGGACUGUGGCAAGAGCUUCAAGUGGUCAUCACGGCUGGCCCACCACCAGCGCAGCCACAACAAUGAGCGGCCUUACCGGUGUAACCUCUGCCCCAAGGCCUUCAAGGGGUCCUCGGCACUUCUCUACCAUCAGAGGUCUCAUUCAGGGGAAAAGCCCUAUAAGUGUGAUGACUGUGGUAAAGCCUUCAAACGCUCCUCUCUGCUACAGGUCCAUCGUAGUGUUCACACGGGCCUCCGCACCUUCCAGUGCCCGUACUGCACCCUGACCUUCAAGUGGAGCUCCCACUACCAGUACCACCUGCGCCAGCACACCGGGGAGUGCCCCUACCCCUGUGACAGCUGCCCCAAGGCCUUCAAGAACUCCAGCAGCCUGCGGCGACACAAGAACGUGCACCUGGGCCUGAAGCCCUACGUGUGCACUGUGUGCGCCAAGGCCUUCACCCAGUCCACCAACCUCCGGCAGCACAUGCGGAUCCACACGGGGGAGAGGCCCUAUGUCUGCGGGGAGUGCGGCCGCAGCUUCACGCACUCGUCCAACCUGGCCCUGCACCGGAACUCCCACGCCCACACGGGCGAGGGCAGGGGCGGUAGGCUGGGCGGUGGGGAAGGGGGGGAGGUGCAGGAGGUGAUAGUGGGGGAGGAGGUGACGUCGCAGAUGCUGACGGACAUGGGCUUCACGAACCAGGAGGCGGCGGUGGGGGUGGGGGUGGGGGAGGUGUUCCUGUCGUCGGGUCACCAGACCUUCCUGCCCCAGCUCACCCUCGCGCCGGCCCCGGGGAGCGUGUGCACGUCCAGGGCCAUUGGGACCGAAGUGCACGUGAGCACGGAGUCGGGCGCCAGCGUGCUUCUGUACAGUUGCGGCAGCUGCAGUCAGACGUUCGGCACGAGGACUGAGCUGGAGGACCACCAGGCCAUGCACCUCGGGCCGGGGGGCGGGGGAGGCGGGCCAGGGGGCGGGCCUGGGGGAGAGGGAGGGGUGGGGCAUCUGCUGGCCGACUUUGAGGAAGUGGUGGAGACAACGACGGCGGCGGUAGAAAACGGACAUACUACUGCAGAGCUCCUGGAACUGGGCGGUGGGGCGGAUGGAGCGCAGAAUGUGGGGACCGCCCAGGCCCAGUUUGACCUGCUGCAGAGCUUCACAGUGGGCGCUCCGAUCCCCACAGGCAACGGAGACACCGUGGGAAGUUCUACAGGGGUGGGGACGGGAGCGGACUUUGAGUGUGUCUACUGCGCAAAAGGCUUCAAGACCAGUGGAGGGCUCAACAGACACCUGGCCCAGGCCCACUCUCUCUCCCCCUCUCAUUCUCGCACCCAGUUCAGCUGCUCCGCGUGCGACCGCUCCUUCACCCUCCUUUCCUCUCUGCUCACGCACCAGCACUCUCACACCCCCGAGCAGCGCCUCCUGGCAGAGGCUGAGGCAGAGAUCGUCUGCCCACCCUCCCUGUCCCUGUCACUGUCCCUGCCGUCCUCCCCAAGCCAGGUGGACAAGCCCCAGGAAACCCAAGGGGAGAUCCACGUCAGCCUGAUUGCUGUGACUGAGGAGGGGGACAGGGACCUGACCAAACCUGCCACCAGAACAGGGACCAAGGGCCAAAGGAAAGGAGCUGUGAGCAAGACUGCCGCUGCCAGUGGAGGAAAUAAUGAGAGGCCCUACCGCUGCUCUGAGUGUGGAAAGGCCUUCAAGGGUUCGUCUGGUCUGAGGUACCACAUGAGAGACCACACCGGAGAGAGACCCUACCGCUGCACAGAGUGUGGCAAGAGCUUCAAGAGGUCCUCACUGCUCUCCAUACACCAAAGGGUGCACACAGGUGUGCGAGCGUUCCAGUGCCCCUACUGCCCCCUGACCUUCAAGUGGAGCUCCCACUACCAGUACCACCUGCGCCAGCACACCGGGGAGCGGCCCUACGUCUGCCAAGAGUGUGGAAAGUCCUUCAAAAACACCAGCUGUCUGAGGAGACACAGCCAGCUACACUCUGGCCUGCGUCCUCACGUCUGCACCAUCUGCACCAAGUCCUUCUCACAGACCUCCAACCUCAAACAGCAUGAGCGCACCCACUCCGGUGAGCGGCCUUUCCAGUGUGCCCAGUGUCAUAAGAGCUUCACCCACUCCUCCAACCUUCAGCUCCACCUGAGAACCCACUCCUCCAGGAAGGACUACAAGUGUCCCUUCUGUGGGAAGGAGUUUGUCAUGCACUCCUACCUGCAGAGGCACAUGAGGACCCACGGGAACGGCGCUGUGGCAGGGGGAGCCGGGGCGGGGAUUAAGGAGGGGGGCAGGGGAGGUAAAGGGGGCGGAGCGGUGACAACCACCACCCUAUUAAACCCCAUUACCCUGGAGACCACAGGGACAUCCGGGUCUCUGAUAGUGUCUCAGCCCGCGCUGGACAUUCCCCCCAACACUUCCCAGAACUACUUCAUGAUCCAGACAGCCAAUGGGCUUCAGCUCAUCCCCUUAUCUACCCCUGCCCCUCCUCCACCGCCUCCUCCGCCUCCACCCCAGACCCAGUACAUCCUCCUACAGUGCCCCUCUACCAAUGGGAGCCACCCCAGCCUGAUUCUUGUACCCACCACGUCGACCAAUCCCAGGCCCGCACAGGAAUCACAAGGGCUCCCCUUGAUCCAGACCGUUCUAAACCCCGGCCAAACUCAGAUGCCCCACUUUCAGACCAUAUCCCAGCCGCAACAACAGCAUAGGUUCAUCAUAACCAACAAUAACAACUUAAAACACACUCCUGUUGCUACUAAAGCUACACCCUCCCUGACCUCCAUGCUGACCAAGCCCAUUUUAGGGAAAAGCACACGGACUGCCAGAACCAGGAGGGGAAGGAAGCCCAAAGCUACCGCAGCUCCUAAAACUACCGCUGACGUUUCUAUGACGACCACUUCUGUCACCGUGACGACAGCCCCCGCCAGUCAGUCGGAGGGUGUGGUGGCCGUGUCAAGGUGCGAUGUCACUGGCGUCGCUCAACCUCCUGUUAGAGCUGACACUAUCACGUCGUCGCCAUCCUCAUCCCUACCCACCAAGUCACCGAACGUGUCCUCGCCAUCAGCGACUUCGGUUCCCACCCCCUCUUCUUCCUCCUCUUCCUCCGCCACCACUGUUAUCUCAGGACCCACAACGGUUACCACAGCCCCCCACCCCUCUGACCAUGUGACCUGGGGUGUGGAACCCCAAACGGCCUCAGAGGACAUAAAGACCACUGAGCAGGCAAUGAGAGGGGAACAGUAUGUACUCUGCUUUGAAAAGGGAGGGAAAAAGGAGGAGCUAGAGAUAGGAGGAGAGGGAGGAGGGUCCUACGUGUUGCAGUUUGAAGGGGAAGCGUCCGGGGAGGGAGGGCAGGGAGGAAUGGUUGCGGAGGGGGAGUCAUACGUGUUGAGCUUCCAAGCGGAGGGAGAGAGCGAGGGAGAGAGUGUGAAGGAGAAAGGGGGGAUUGUUUCACUGAACCUCCUGCAGGAGUGGGGAGGAGAGAGGGAAGGAGAAAGGCAAGCAGGGGAGGAAGGUGGAGAUAGAGAGUCUUUUGUCCUUCAUUUCCAAACAGAGCCACAGAGCGAGGAAGGGACCACCUCUGGUACUGCCUAUCCAGAAGGCUCCAACAACAGCCUGGGGCUUUCCUGCCCUUCUUCCCAGGCCGGGAUGCCUCUGGGGGAGCAAGAGGUGGUGUUUGAGCUAGGGGAUGAGAACAAGAUGGUGGACCGGGGGUCUGGGGAGAGUGUGCAGAUGAUAGCCCUGAUUGAGCGGGAGGGGGGCGGGGAGGAGGAGGGAGAAAGGAGCAGUUACAGUGGGGCAAGGGGGGAAGUGGGGGAGGGGGAGGGAGAGGAGCCAAUGGAAGGUAUUUUUCAGCUGGAGAGUGGAGAGGGAAUUGUCAUCAUUGAGGUUAGCACCAGUAAUCUGAGAGAAGCUGAGAUGAACAGAGGAGGGGAAGGAGGGACCGUAGAUAGGAGUGAAGCUAAAGGAGGGAGCGGAAUAAUGGAAAGGCCCGGAAAAGGCCGGAACUCUGUGGAAAUCAUUGGAGAGACUGGAGCGAAUGAAGGAGAAAAUACAGUUACAAAUGGCCCUGCGCCUAACACUCAGUUCUUGAACUCUCCAUAAGCUCGAUCCAAACAACCACUGUCAGGAAAUGAGUGUGAGGAUGUGUGUGUGUGCGAGUGCGUGUGUGUGUACAUAUAGGAAUGCGUGCAAUAUUGAGUGUGUUAGUGAUUUCUAAGUGGAGGCCUUUCCCAGCAACUCACAUUGAAAUAAAGGAGGGUUGAAAGAAUGUAGAGAGCACCGUAGAAAGCAAAACCAGGGUCAGAAACACACAGGGUUAAACUGAUUUAACGAAGGACCUGAAUAAAGUACUAAUGACUGAGUCUAAAUUAUACCGUCAUGUUGACGGUGUGUGUAUAAAACGAGUUGUGAAUACAUGUCUAUAUUGUCUGUUUACUUAUAAAUAUUGAUUCAAUAUUGA